CUUACACAUGUAACCACAGUACCAGCACCAGAACCCCUGGCAAUUCCAAAGGUUUAGCUUCAUCUCCAACUACAUGUGGGCGGCUGUACGGUCUCGCUCUCGCUCUCUCCGACUCUCAUCUCCAUCUUCGCCAUGGAAGCAAGGGCUUCUAAGCCUCAACCUCAGCACCGCCUCUUCGGACACCACUAGAGGCUUUCUGGAUCUGCAGGAAAUCGAGAAGGUUUUAAGCGACGUCAGGGCAGACAACGUGAAGGUCAUACCGGUCCCCAAGCACUGCGACUGGGCCGAUUUCAUGGUCGUCGCAACCGGCAGGUCCACCUGGCACGUCAAGAAUAUCGCUCAAGCUCUAAUCUACAAGGCUAAGCAAAAGCAGAAAGGGGCGGAGCGAUUGGUGCUGCCAAGUGUGCAAGGGGAAGAGGGAGGAAAGUGGAUUGUGAUUGAUUCUGGCAAGGUGAUUGUUCAUGCUCUUGAUGAGAAGGCUCGAGAAUACUACAAUUUGGAGGGUCUUUGGACCACUGAGACAUCCCAAAAGGAAUCAAACCAGGAUCUGGAAACAGCUUUUGUGAAGAUUCGUCCCAAGAACAACUCCAAAAAACGAGUGCAAAAGACUGUAUAAUCUUUAGCAUUUGUGUUUAUGAUGGGGUUAUUCCAACUCAUUGUAGUUUCUGCAUCAUCAAGCUUUAAUACUUGUUUCAAAUGUGUAUUUUAGAUUGGCUUCUAAUUAAGAUUAAGGCCUUCUCUGGAGUUUGUCGUGUGCAUAUUGGAAUCUUUUAAUUCCCCUCCUUAGCUUCUUCUGAGAUUGGAGAGGUGGGUGUCAUGAUGUCUUCUCUACCUAUACUUAUAAAAAAAAACAUGAUGUCUUCUCUACCUAUAGCGGAAACUUAUCGAAGUGGUGUCUUGGGUAAGGGAGAAACCAUGAAGGAAUUUUUGUAGUUAUGCUGCAUAUCUGGCAGUUGGUUUUUGUGGUUAUGCGUAAAAUUAGUUGAACGGUU